GAGUGCCAACAGCACCGCAGUAGCGCGAUAGAAACUUGUCGUCAUCUGUUGAACUCGUACCAUGUCUGUCGUGCACUCCAUGCUUUCGACUCAGAGCAGUAAGCAGCGUAAGGUGGUGCUGAGGCUGCUAGCGGCGACAGCGUCCUCGGACAGCAGCCUAUCCAAGGAGCUGCUCAUCCAUUUGUCGCUGCAGCAGCAAACGUUAGUGAGCCUAAUGCAACACACCAAGCCCACGGAUUCUCAAAGUAUUCGAACGCUUCAUUCACUUUGUUCUUGCUUUCCUCGUGGAGAGGAACACGCUGGUGAUCAGAACGCUCUUGAACAAGCGUAAUAUGCUCUGCUGCAUCUUCUCAGAUUUGCUGUACGACUCGAAAGAAGUCGUCACCUUGCGGUUUUCACCACUGUGAAGACGUACGUGCUGGAGAAUACUGGCGUAAGUAAAACGACAAAGAUGCACGUAUUUUCCAUACCUGCUGUAUUGAAUCUGAUAUCGUUGUACAACUGGAAAGGCCCAAACAACUGGCCCAAAAACAAAACUCACACUUUCGAUGAAAGCGAGAACUUUCGAGCGGACAAAGAGGUCAUUAGUGACAUAGUUCAUGAGUUCUUAAUCACUUUGUUAACGUCACAUCGUUAUGGAGUUAUUUUCCAUGAUCAAACAUUGGGUGGUUCGCGAAAUAAGCACAAUCAACUGGUACAUACAGUCCUUCAGAACUUGGAGAAGCCUUGGGAAUAUGAAAAGCCAUCAGAUCUGAUUGUUAGGAUAAUGGGUGCCUGCACAGAUCUUAUUCGUUCGCAAUAUAAUGCCAUCGAACCGUUUCUUGAACCCAGAGUGUCACCCAAAUGGAAUUGUCUUCUCAAAUUUAUAGGGAAGAUAGUAAAAUCAGUCAAUCCAGUUAGUUGCAUCAAAACUUGCGCUGUGGAACUGAAAGCGAAAAAUUUGAUAAGUGCAUUACUUUCUCUGGCCAAGUCUCUGGCGGUUCCAAGCACGAUUGUAAAAGUCGCUAUCUUACCAGGAUUAGAUCACGAUAGUCUUUCUGUUAAACACGAAGCUUUAUCUCUUCUUCUAAUAAUUGCUAAUCAGCUAAAAGCUAUUUCUUUAGCUGCAAAAGAGUUCUAUAAAACAUUCAUAGUUUAA